CUCGACGAGCAACGGCAUACUACAUCACCAGUAGCUAGCUAGCUAGGGAUGGCGACGGCCAAGCUCCUCGUCGUCCUCGUGGCUCUCAUGGCCGCCGCCAGCUCCUCCUGCGGCCCAUGGGAGCUCAACAUCCGCAUGCCCACGGCGCGCGCGGUGGAGGACGCCGCUGCCGGCGUGGCGGCGCCGCUGAUCCACGCGCUCCGCCCGCUGGUGGGAUCCGCCGGUGACCUCGGCCGUCGCGGCGGCGUGCCGUGCGACAGCUGGCGGCUGGCCGUGGAGGCGUACAACAAGCGCGACUGGAAGACGGUGCCGGCGGACUGCGAGGGCUACGUCGGCCACUACAUGCUCGGCGGGCACUACCGCCGGGACUCCCGCGUCGUCGUCGACGAGGCCAUCGCCUACGCCGAGGGGCUCAAGCUCGCCGGCAACGGCAGGGAGGUGUGGGUGUUCGACAUCGACGAGACCUCGCUCUCCAACCUCCCCUACUACGCCAAACACGGCUUCGGUACUGAGCCGUUCAACGCGACGAGCUUCAACGCGUACGUGCUGGAGGGGAGCGCGCUCGCGCUGCCGGAGACGCAGCGGCUGUUCGACAAGCUCAUCUCGCUCGGCAUCAAGCCGGUGUUCCUGACGGGCCGGACCGAGAACCAGAGAGCCAUCACCGUCGUCAACCUCCGCCGCCAGGGCUACUACGGCUGGAUGAAGCUGCUGCUCAAGCCCGUCGGGUUCAAGGGCACCGCCAUCGGCUUCAAGUCCGGCGAGCGCCGGAAGCUCCAGGACGCCGGGUACGUCAUCGUCGGCAACAUCGGCGACCAGUGGAGCGACAUCCUCGGCGCGCCGGAGGGGGCGCGCACCUUCAAGCUGCCCGACCCCAUGUACUACAUCGGCUAAUAAAGCUAGAGCGCGCUCGCCUCCGACCCAUCGGUUGAUCGAUCAUCCAACGGCUCUUUGUCAAGAUGUGCUUCUGUGCUUGUGCUGUGAUGAACUGCUUUUAUUUUUAUCACACCCUCAUCAGUGUUCAUCGAUUAAUAACUCCAUGUAGCUGCUGUUGGUGUUCUGAGUUGAGACUCGAAAUAAAACUCAUCGACCCAUGCCAUGA